GUUUUAUUAUUGAGCAAACAUAAAGCCUUAUUUGUUUUAGUUGAAACCUAUGUGGAUCUGACAUAUUUAAAGUGUAAAAAAAAUAACCCAGAACACUGGGAGUUAGGUAUUUAAUUAAGGAAAAUUUGACUGCUUUAAUUCAGAUUUAUUUUUUGUGUUCAUUAACAAGUUCUUCAUAAGCCCUCAAGCUGUAUUUAUGAAAGGCAACCUUCAUCAAAGAUUUCAAGAUACUAGAUUUGUUUCCUUCUGGACUAUCCUGGCAAUCAAUCCAUCUUUAUUGGGUUUUCCUGAAAUUAUUUGUUUUGCUUUUUAAGGAUUUUUUUUGUUACUCCAUUUUAUGCAUGGAUGAUGUUACAAUGCCCAAAGAAUUGAGAAUGGAUAGUAUAUAGACCACUACAUAAUAGCUAAUGAAUGAAUUACAAUAACAUGAAGGUAUUUUAAUGAGCAUUGUGUAAUGGUUACUUUAUUUUAUUAUAUAAGUAGGCAAAUUAUUUAAAGUAACCAAUAGAGAGGAGAUGAUGGAUUUGCCAGUUGUGUUUUUGAAAGAAUCGUGUCUUAUUAGAAAUCACAUUCUUUUAAGUUUUCUUCUAUUCCUAGUGUUACUGCUAUUCCUUAGACUCCAUAAUUAAAAAAAGCUCCAUAAAGAGCUUUUAAUUAUAUGACAUGAUCUGUGUAUGUGUGUGUGUGCUUGUGGGUCUAUCUUUAUGUGUGUGAGGUAACUGGAAUAUAACAUUUUUUGAACAAAAAACCUAUUCAACACUUCAACAGCAUGUAAAAAAUGUUGAUACUAUGAAUAUAUUUCUUAUUUAUUUUUAAUACCAAGAAAAAUAUUAGGAUUUGUUGGUUUAUAGCCAUCUCUAAAUUUGAAGCUUGACCUUUGUAAGAUUGAUCUUAAAAAUAUUAUGUUAAAUUAAAAUAUCUCAACCUAAAUUAUUAGGAUGGAUUAUAGUUUCCUUUUUUGUUUGAUUGACAAAAAAGUAAAAAGAUGCAAGAAACAUACUUUACAUACAAGAAAUAUAAUUGAAUCUCUGUCAUUUUUAAACAGGUCAUUAAACCUAGAUUACACAAGACAAUAUGCAUCAAUUCUAUUACAUCAAUAAAAACUCAACUCACACACAUAUAAGUAAACAUGUAUUUGUAAUCCCAAAUUGUAAAUCUGUGUAAAUCUGUCUUUCCAACAAUGAACAAUGUUGCAGUUCUUUGCUAUCCUCAAUGCUUGCUAAAUCUAUAGUUCUUUAUAUAGCAGUAUUCUACAGGUUUGGUGUGUAACAUAAUAUAUUUAAUACACUGGGAAGUAUGAGAAAGGCAAUAUGGGAUUCAGGAUUAUUCAUUUGUUUAUUGGGUCUUUUUAGUUUGAACUGAUACAAGGCUCUAAUGCAUACUUUUUGGAACAGGUGGUCCUCAGUUCAAACCAUUCAUUUAGCCAAGGUUCAAGGUUCAAAGUUACACCAACACUGAGGAAAGUGACUUACAACUGGUCCUCACACUUACGAUUGUUGCAGCAUAAUCACAUGAACAAAUUUGGAUUCUUGUCAGCUGGCAUAUAUUUACAAAGUGUAUGUAACUUUCUCAGCCGGCUUUUGAAAGCAAAGUCAGUGGGAGAAGCCAAAUUCACAAUGGUAAUUAACAAUUGUGUGAUUCACUUAGCAGAUAUGGCAAAAGUCAUAAAAUCAGGCACAACACACUUAACAACUACUUUGCUUAGCAAUAAAAAUAGAUGUGCUUUUCCCAGGCCAUGAUCUGUUCUCUAAUCAGUUGAAAAAGAUCUAAAUCCUAUUCUCCAUCCAGGAGAGUCCAGAAUUGUUCAGUCAACACUCUCUCAACCACUUGCACCAAGUGUGCAAAUUUGCAACUAUAGUGAUCAGAACAAGCGUAUCUAAUGAUACUUCAUUGAAGAGCAUAUAGAGCACUGCCUUCUUCAAGUUAGAUGUCACCUCCCUUCCAUGGAAGAGUAUGGCUGUGAUGAUGUUGAUAAUUGAUUAGAUCCCCCUGAACUGAUGCAGUCAGUAUCAACCAAGAGGAAAACUAUGUCAAAAGAACAUGCGGUGGUCAGAAUUUGUCUUAAUACUGGUAUCUCCUCAAGGAACACAAAGUGAUGCUAAUUGAACAAUGCAGGACAAGCAAAUUACUAGCUAUCUCAUUUGGCUUUUUCUGAAUUUCCCACUUGGCAACAGGAGUUUUUGCUUCAAGCACAGAUUUAACUUUGCUAAAAUGACAAACAGGAACUUAGCCCAACUUUCUGGCCUCAAUUUCAGGUAGUCCUCAAAUUAACUAUGGCAAUUGGGAUUGGAUUUUCCAUCACUAAGCAACAUGGUUGUAAGGUCUGAUAUCACAUGAUUGCUUAGCAACAGCAACUCUGGCACUUCUGGUUAUCAUCACCAGAACAUCAUUUGAUCAUCGUUUGCUUUCCCAUUGACUUCACUUAUUGGAACCUGGAAAGUUGCAAAUAGUGAUCACCUGACCGUAGAAUGCCACAACAUAAUUGAGAAGUGGGCCUAAACCCCCAUAUCUCAAUUGUGACCAUGGGAAUGUUGUGACAUCUGAAACUUCAAGGACCAGUCGUUUCGACCAAUAAAAGGAAGACAAGAGGAACUGAAGGAGGUGAUUGAGCGUUUUAAAAAAGAUGAGCACUUGGAAAAAGCCUUCAAGUCCUUGACGUCAGGUGACUGGGCCCGGCACUAUUUUCUUAACAAGAACAAAAUGCAGGAAAGGUUGUUCAAAGAACAUGUAUUUAUUUAUUUACGAAUGUUUGCAACUGACAGUGGAUUUGAAAUAUUGCCAUGCAAUCGAUAUUCAUCAGAGCAAAAUGGAGCCAAAAUAGUUGCAACAAAGGAGUGGAAACGAAAUGACAAGAUAGAGUUAUUAGUAGGCUGUAUUGCUGAACUCUCUGAACUAGAAGAGAACAUGUUGCUCAGACAUGGAGAAAAUGACUUCAGUGUCAUGUAUUCAACACGGAAAAACUGUGCUCAGUUGUGGCUUGGUCCAGCUGCUUUCAUUAAUCAUGAUUGCAGACCCAACUGUAAGUUUGUUUCAACUGGCCGGGACACAGCAUGCGUGAAAGCUUUGCGAGAUAUUGAACCUGGGGAGGAAAUUUCUUGCUAUUAUGGAGAUGGCUUUUUUGGAGAAAAUAAUGAAUAUUGUGAAUGCUACACAUGUGAAAGACGUGGAACUGGUGCUUUUAAAUCAAGAGUGGGACUGCCUGCACCUACUCCUGUGAUCAAUAGCAAAUAUGGACUCAGAGAAACAGAUAAACGUUUAAACAGGCUUAAAAAAUUGGGUGAUAGCAGUAAAAAUUCUGACAGUCAAUCUGUCAGCUCUAACACUGAUGCAGAUACCACUCAGGAAAAAGCUAAUGCAACUACCCGCAAAUCUUCAAUUGGUGUAAAAAAGAGCAGCAAGAACAGGACAUUAGCCAGGCAGUCUAUUUCAAGAAUUCCAACUUCAUCAAAUUCUACCUCAUCCAGACUAACUCAUUUAAAUAAUUCCAGGGUACCAAAGAGACUGAAAAAGCCUGCAAAGCCUUUACUUUCAAAGUUAAAGUUGCGAAAUCAGUGCAAAAGACCAGAACAAAAAAAUGCAUCUAGAAAACUCGAAAUGGGAAAUUUGGUUCUUAAAGAACCCAAAAUAGUUCUGUAUAAAAAUUUGUCCAUUAAGAAGGAAAAAGAAACAGAGGGACCGGUAAAAGUUGCAGUGUCUAGUGGCUGCUUAACAAGGCAUGCAGCGCGAGAAUAUAAAUUAAAUUCAGUGAAAGGUGCUCAUGAACCUGGGGAAAUAUCACCCUGUACAUACAUAACACGGAGGUCAAUGAGAACACGAAUGAAUCUGAAAGAGACCUCUGACUUAAAGCUUGAACCAAAUAUGCUAAACAGCUAUAAAAACAGUUUGACAGGCAUGCGAGCCAAUAGCUUGGAACAGCAAUCUCAUGUGAUUCUGGAGAGUGAGCAAUCUCUCAUGGCAACACAGAAAGCAGAGGGGAGGUGUCAGAAGAGUGAAAGAGUUGUGGCCAAAAAGAAAUCUCGACAAGGGAGGCUGGUGAAGCCAUUGGCAAAAAUGGAAGAAACGGAUUGUGCUCAUACAUUGACUGGCGAAGAUAAAUUGCCAGAUUUGAUCAGUUCACAUUCUGAGCUAGGAGAGAUAAACAGUGUAAUGGAUUCAGCCAUAGGAUAUAAAGACUGUAUUCCUGCAUCUGGUGGCUGUUCCAUUGUAACUUCUGACACUUUCAAAGUCAAAGAGCGCUUUAGAACUGCAAAAAGUAAAAAGAAAAGGCGAAUCACAAGGUAUGAUGCACAACUCAUUCUUGAAAACAGCUCUGGGAUUCCCAAACUUACUCUGCGAAGGCGGCAUGAUAGUAACAGCAAGAGUAAUGACCAAGAAAAUGAUGGAAUGAAUUCUUCAAAAAUAAGCAUCAAAUUAAGUAAAGACCAUGAGAAAGAUAAUAAUUUAUAUGUAGCAAAGCUUAAUAAUGGGUUUAACUCAGGAUCAAGUAGUAGUUCAACAAAAUUAAAAAUACAGCUAAAACGAGAAGAAGAAAAUAGGGGAACGUAUUCAGAUGACCUUCAUGAGAACGGCGUGUGUUGCAGUGAUCCUCUUUCACUACUAGAGUCACGGAUGGAAGUGGACGAUUAUAGUCAAUAUGAAGAAGAAACUAUUGAUGAUUCUUCAUCUUCAGAAGAAGAGGAGGAGGAAGAUGAAUAUGAUGAUGAUUUUGAGGAUGAUUUUAUUCCUCUGCCUCCAGCUAAACGUUUAAGGCUUAUAGUUGGAAAGGAUUCAAUAGACAUUGACAUUUCUUCCAGGAGAAGAGAAGAUCAGUCUUUAAGGCUCAAUGCAUAAGCUUACAGGUCUUAAACUGAAGAUGUCCAUUUUUUAAAAAAACAAAAUUCCAGACAAUUAUUCUUCAACUGAUGAACUUUCUCAAAAUGUUAGUGGAAGCACUUCUUUAUUGUUUGUUCACUUAUAUCAACAUAAUAUUGUAGAAAGUGUACAGCAUAUUGACUCCUUAAGUCAAGUUGUGCAGAUUUUUAUUGUACUUUUUAAUAGCCUUCUUAUGUGCAAUUCUGAGUUAGAGAAAAUGCUCUAUUGUAAAAUAAAGGCUCAAGCAUAAUUACAAAAAUGCCAUCAGAUUUUUCCAUGAAGGAUAAUUAAAUCACAAUAAUGUGGCUAAACAAUUUUUAAUCUGUCAAGAGCGUUAUUUUGCUCUUACAUCUGACUAAAUAAUCUAAAAGAAAUCAUAGUAGCGGCCUAUUAAGGUUUCCUAGUAUGUUAAUAUCACCAGCAAUGAAAUACAGCUUUUCCGUUUAAUUGCUAGAUGUUUUCCCCUCUGAAGUUUGUCAGUUUUAACACUGUAUGCUGUCCCCAGACGUACUGUUUGUGGCCUUUGUUAUAGUAGCAAACCGUUGGUUUGAAGUCAAAUUGAUUUCUUAAAAAAAGGUGUUGACAGUUUGCUGACUUUUAGUACAUUAUAUGUACAAGAGUAGCAGUAUGCAGAAUACAAGUUUGGAUGGUGUAUUUAUUUCUUGUUAUGUAAAUUAAAACACCUUGUAUUUAACACUUUUUCAAUACUUUUAGAUAAAAUUGUUCUUUGCAAGAAUGAUUGGUGCUUAUUUUUUCAAGAACUUGCUGUGAAACAAUGUGAUUACAACAGGCAACAUUUAUCCAAUUAAUUGCAGCCAUUCUAAUUGGAUCCCCAUAGUUUUCUGUUGCACUUGUAAAAAAAAUGCUACGAGGAAUUUAAAGAAACCUAUUCACUUUAACUUAUGAUAGUUUUAUGAAAUUUUAAAAAAAAGCCUAAGUCACAGCUUUUGUUCUGUGGUAAUCUAUAAAAUGUUUGUCUUUUGAGAUCCAGUGUAAAAAAACUGAAAAAGAAAAUGUACAUGUUGUAAAUAUUUGUGUGUUGUGCAAAAUUUUGUCAUAAAAAUUGAUAACUUACCAGAAGGGUUUUUAAGUUUAGAAAUACAUUAAUGCCAAUAAAUAGGAAAUUACAAACAUAGUUUUAAGCUCUGACCAGUGGACUUUUUUUUGUUCUUGGGCUUGUUUUAGCUCAUAUCCUGAGAUUUUAAGUAUUUGUAUAGGGUUUUUUUAAAAAAAAAACUGUUUUUAGAGCUAGAAUGAAAAGUAACAAAGCUGUAAUAUUAACAAUGUAUUUGAUCUUAACCUCGUUAUUUUUAAUAGGCAUGUAAUCAGGGCUAUUUGUAAUUGUCAUUUUGUGUGUAGAAUUUUGCACAGAAUCAUCAGGUAGGAUACAAAAUUCCAUAGAACAUUCAUCUCCCUCUUUCUAAGUUUCCAAACCACUUGACUUACUAGAUAUAUGUUUAUAAAUAAUUUUUCAAAUCUUAUAAAUUUGGGAGUGACACAAAGAACACAAAUUGGGCUCUAUUGAAUAGGCAAGUUCUUGUGCAAUGGAAAAUUAUUCCUGUUAAGCCUUCUGUAACCACAUGCAAUUGCUGAGUUUCUGAGGAUAGUUAUCGUCUCUUCCAGUUGUACCACUUUUCCUCUACAGUUGUAAUUCUCAUUAUUAUCCGUUGUUUUUAGGCCUACCAAUAUCCUUACUUGCCAGGAAAAAAAAAUCUAGCAUGGGCAAAAAAAACCAAAAAAAAGGAAAGGAUUAUUAAUUUUGCAAACAGCAAAUACAUUCAUAUAUUGUUUGGAGUGGAAUUUGAGUAUAGUAAAAACAAUUUGUGAGUAAAUAUUUUUGUUAACCAUAACACUUUGUAACGACAUCAUAAUUGUGCUUAUGCUGCCAAGAAGAACCUACAGUAACGUGUAUGCAUGUGGUAUAUGGUGUGAUAUAAGACUUCUAACGUUACUGCGGCACAACCUUCUGCAAUGUGCUGUCUUACCAUUAAGAUGAUGUACAAUCCCCAGGAUAUCUAACUCACCCUCUGGAGGAGAACUAGCUUAGUACUGAUGCCAAACACUGUACUGCUGUGGUUCAAGAAUUGCAUUACUGUACUUUAUACAUUGCUCUGGUUCAGGGGUGAAAUGCUCUGAAAUCUGCUACCAGUUUGCUUUGUGCUCGCUUUGCGCACAUGCAGACCGCAGGCGCUGAGAAGCCUUUUCUGAGUUUGCAAAGGUAAGUAGAAUAGCAGCAGGGGAACAGCUGUGCUGUGCAAUUUACAUUCGCUGGAAAGCAGGAUUUCUUGCUUUCUAGCUAAUAUAACUCUUUUUACCAUUUUUUUAAUACCUAUUCCCCCGAACUGGUAGUAAAAAAAUACUUUAAAAAGUAAAAAAAAAAAUAUUCCUACCAUCGGCUGUGCCGUGCGAUUUCUAGCUAAUAUAAAUCAUGCAGCACUGCUGAUUGUCGCACAGCUGACUACCGGUUCACCCAUUUUUUACUACCAGCUUGGGCAAACCAGCCCAAACCGAUAGCAUUUCAUCCCUGCUCUGGUUGCAUUAAGGAUCAGCCUGUUGGCUUGGCAGCAGAUGGCAGAGUGAUUUUGGAGACUAGGAUAUAAGUGUACAUCUUGAAGAAUCUGUUCGAGUUACAUUGGCAGAGCUAUUGAAAUAGUUUAUCUCUAGAGAAGUUGCAUCUGAGAGCACCCUACUCUCUCAUGGUACAGGUGGUCCUUGCCUAAAAAUGGCUCUGUGCCUGCCAUGCAAUUACAGUGCCACAACAUCCCACAGGCACAUCCUACAAUCACCCUUUGCAACCUUCAUUGCCAGAAUCCCACAAGCGAAAUCAAUGUGCAAGCCAGCAGAAGGUUGUAAAUGGUGAUCUCAUGAUAUUGUUAACAAUGGUGCAGGAUUUACUUAAUAGCAAGUCCAAUCACUAAAUCACACAUUCACAUGACAUCGUCACAUGACAUCUUGAUUUACAACUAGUUUGCUUAGCCAUGCAAAUUCUGAUCUCGAUUGCCAUCAUUAACAGAGGACAACCUGUACAAACAUCAAGACAAAUGACCCUUUAAAAAAAAUUAAAUUUGAAAUGUCCAUUUGUACUACUUAAAAGUACAUGUAGAAAUUUUUAAGGUAGAAUUUUUUGCUCCCUACUGUUAAGAGAAAAAGUUCUAGACUUAGUAUAAUGCAAACCUGAUGCUAGCGAAGCAGCAAGAGCAUUCAUUCUAUGCAAAACUGAACAAUUCAUAGUAGCAAGCUCUUGAGAUUUACCCUGAACAUUGGAAUUUUCUCAUAUGAAUUAGUGACAGAUCUAGCCCUAAAUUGCUAGUUUUUAUACAAGUUGUGUUUUGUUUCUUAAUCCUUGAUGACUGCCUGUUCAAGUCACCACAGUUUUCUUGGCAAGAUUUUUGGGUUUGCCCUUGCCUCCUUCCUAGGGCUGAGAGGGAGUUAACGGUUUACUCAAGGUCCCCCAAUUGGCUUGAUAUCUAAGGCAGGAUUAGAAUUUACCAUCUCCUGGUUUCUAACCUGAUGCCUAAAACAAUCAAACAAUCUCUCAAAAUGUUUAUGUUUCUGUUAUUUCAGAUUUCACUCAAGUGACAGUAAAGUCAGAAAUGUGGAACAGAAAUUAUUUUCUGGCAUUUUUUUCCCAUCUCUCCUACAACUUACACUUUAUCCCAAGGAUAUUUUAUGAUAACUUUCUUCAAUAUCCAUGGUGAUAAUUGUGAAAUAUUUUCUUUCAGCUUUUGUGGGAAGCUCUAGUCCUUGCUCUGAGUUAUAUCCAGCAUAUAAAAUAUUUAGAAAAAGUGAAUAUAAAUAUCUAUGUCCCAUGCCCAAACUGAUUUGAAAUAAAUAGAACAAAUGGGGGAAGAUUCAAAAUUUAAAUUUAUUUAAAUAUUGAGUUGAAUGUGGGGAAAAACCUGGCCUAUUUAAUACAGUAUAUGAUUAUAUGAUUAUGUUUAUCUUUGUGAACAUUCCUUUUUCUUUUAAAUUAAUGUGAAGUGUGUAUUUGUUACUGAAAUGUGUUAUUGGCUCAUAGUUUUUGGCAUACUGCAUACAGAAUGUUGUGAAAAUAAUCCAGUCAAAUGUGAUUGUUGGUGAAAUAAUAAUCUUGUUUCUUAUCAAUCUGAAGUAGCCUGAAUGUCAGUUGAAAUCUGACUAGGUGUUUUUUUAUUUGGAGCUUGGUGAUAUGCACUAUAGAAUUCAUGACAUGAGCCAAAAAAGAAGGCAUACUGUAUAUACUCUAAUUUUCUUUUGUUUUCCAUAAAUCAUUUCUUUUUAAAAUCUGGAACAGUGCAUUUAUAUAAAAAUAGCAAAAAAAAAACCAAAAUAUUAAAUGGAAAUUCCAGAAUGUUUGUUUUCAAAAAGCCUUUUUUCAAUAUGGCUUGAAUUUCAGUGUAUAAUUUGAGCAGUCCAAAUCAAUUGUGACAAGUGAAGAGUUAUUAAAUGCAGGAAUCUCUAGGUUUGUAUAGAAUCACUUGCACUUGCAUGUAAAGUUGAAAGAUUAGACUUGAUUAGUACUUGGAUGAGAUCAGCAAGAAAUCUGAGAGCUAUAGACAACAACAGAACCCAUAAUUAACUACUCCGUUAAGAAAAUUGUAGCUGUCUGGGCUAUAUAAGCAUAUUGAUGUGGCACAUUAGUGGUCUAAAAGUUACAAAAAUAGUUAUGCUUUGGUGCUAUUUUUAGAAUAGCAUUUAUAUAGUAAUUUCUUUUAUUUGUUUGGGUUUCAUUUUCUUGGAAUUCUUUUGGUAGAACAUUAAAGUAUAUUAGUAUUAGUAUUUUAGUAUUAGUAUUAUUUAUGUGGUGUGUUCUGUGUAUUCUACCAGUAUGUGAACCCAAUCAGCCAGUUGGUCAGAUGAUUGAUCCAUUGAGGUCUCAAGAAUUUCAUCCUGUCCUAGGAUCUUUAUCAUGAAAAGGUAAAGGUUGAGAUCUACCCUGAAUUAUAGUCAUGGUAAUUAAGAUAUUAGGGAGGUGGGUUGAAACCCAAAUUCUACAAAGAAUGAGUUUAAGGAUGUGAUAUAUUUAGCCUGGAGGUUUUGUGGACUAUGUCCUCCUUUCUGUGGGCCGAUAUCUUUUAUAUGCCAAUUGCAGCCAAUUGAAACUGCCAGUUUGCAGCUUUCCUUCUGUCUCCUCUAAGAACUUUCCUACAUGCCAUUACAGAAGAUGACUAUGCUGUUCUCCUGAAGCUUUAGACAUGAAAAUGUCAGGUGGAAAAAUGUGACUAAAUGUAGAGA